CAGAGAUAAAAAGAGCUGCAGUUAGAGAAAGUGAGACAGAGCAAUGAAGAAAAGGACUGACUAACAGGUAGUUGGAGGUAGUGAGAGACAGACAUACAGUUGAAGGUGGGGUACGAGGAUCGGAGGGGAUUCAGUAAAACGGAGGUGAAGCGCGACCGGCCCUCUCUGUUCCGGGGGCCUAAGUUAGUACUGUCUGAGACAGCACGCCUUUUACUCUAUACGCUUCAAAAGAUUCAUGAUAACGAGAAGCGGGUAAGAUGCUUCAGAUGCUCUUACAUUAGCUCUCGUAUCAUGGCAAAACAUUCGAUUUAUGUGUUCAUCUCAAAUAGACAUAAAGCGUAAUGAAGCUUUUCUUCUGAUAGUAAACAAUUAGCAAUGAGUAGUGGAUGAUAGUGUCAAGAGUGUCCGUCACUUUGGGAAUUGUGAUUUGAAAGGAUCUAUUCAAGUGUGUGAAUUAGGAGCAAUUGCUCUUAUUAGUGUAAAUCUAGUGUUCACUCCUUGUGUUGGAAAUAAAAAGGAAAUUAUUUAUCAAAACUUACAAUUUGUGCGCGACCGCGGAGUCAGCGAUCCGGAAGGAUUAUCGUCUUUUCGUUGAUUGUGAUUAGAGACUCCCACCCUGUUCUAAACACCUGACUAGUGACUGAUUUACAACAAGAACCUCGUGCCGAUAAUCUACUUUUUUUCAUUAAAUAAAAAUCAUUUCUUAUUUAUUUCAAAACCAUUCUUAUUUUUCUAAUUCUUUUAGCAAAUUUGAAGAUCUUAAAUCUUAAAAUAAUUUUAAUCCAAUUUUUGAGAUUAAUAUACAAGUAAAAUAAUUUAUAUUCAAGUUUUCAAAAAAAAGUGUUCAGGUAUUUUUUGUGAUAUUGCUAAAUCUUUGAGAAGUAAACAUGUUGUCAUGUGUUUAGUGAGUUAGUUUCACCGGCGUGGACGAGAGAUUUCAACGAGCGGUUAGAAAAGAUCGAAAGAAUAACGCGCGGGAGUAGUUACGAACGAGACAGUUGGUUGACAAGAAGAGAUCUCAUUAUCCUUGACAAGUAUUUCCUUUGAAAAAGUAAAGAAAAAAUGGAAAGAUAAGUUGGAAGGAUUCGAAAAUACGGGUUCGCUAUGAUCAGCAUGGAGCUGCCGGCACAUUCACAGCAACACGGUGCACUUCAUCUGGUUAGCGUGAACACAGGUGACUCUACCGGAAAUGCUCUUAAUACAAUUCAUACACAUUCCCAAGACUCGCUGUCUCUCCACCUUCAUAAUCAUGGAUCUUCAACCCCAGGAGGUAUACACGAAGAGUCAAAGAAAAAACAUGAUGGUGGGCAUGGAAUGAACCAAGAUGGUCAUGGUGGAGUGAAUCAACUCGGAGGUGUUUUUGUUAAUGGAAGACCCUUACCUGAUGUGGUAAGGCAAAGGAUAGUUGAGCUAGCACAUAGUGGUGUUCGACCGUGUGAUAUUUCCAGACAGCUUAGGGUGUCUCAUGGCUGUGUAUCCAAAAUACUGUCGAGGUAUUACGAGACAGGAAGUUUUAAAGCUGGUGUGAUAGGAGGUUCAAAACCCAAAGUAGCUACGCCACCAGUUGUAGACGCAAUCGCGAAUUACAAAAGAGAUAAUCCAACGAUGUUUGCUUGGGAGAUCAGAGACAGGUUGCUUGCGGAAGGCAUUUGCUCGCAAGACAACGUGCCAUCUGUUUCAUCAAUUAAUCGAAUUGUAAGAAAUAAGGCUGCCGAGAAAGCGAAGCAUGCACACCAACAACAGCAAGCGCAACAGCAAGGUCAACAACAACAGGGUCAACCAGGUACAGGUGGCUCCGUGUCAGUUAUUGCACACGCUCCUGCUACACCAUCUGGCCAUCCUGCAGUAACAGCGCCUAAUGCUUAUAGCAUAAGUGGAAUUUUAGGUAUUCCACCACAUCAUCAAGAUCCUAAUGGAAACAGUAUCAAAAGAAAGCGAACUGAUGACGAAGAAAAUCGAGAUAUAAGUGAUCACACUGAUGAGGAACUUAAAAGACAGAGAGGGACUUAUAAUGGAGAUCAACUUUAUUCUAAUCUGUGGUCAAGUAAAUGGAGCAUUAAGGAUGAGCAUAAGUUGUUGAAUGAACUUGGAGGUAGCGGUGCUACCGGAAACGGUAGUGGCUCAGGAGGUAGUGGUGGAAGUAGCGGAGGAGGCAGCGGAUACUAUGAACAUGGUGGAUUCCCCGGGAAUGCGAUUGCAACCUCCGCAGAACUGUACGAUUCCCUGGGCACCAUUACAACUAUGACGCAAGCGCAGACGCCCCACCUCUACACCCCGCCCAUAGGGGGCACUAUAGGUGGUACUUUGACGCCGCUUACACCUCUGACGAUGCAAGAAUUAAAACUGAGUCAAACAUUGGAUGGUGCUAACAUGUCUCCAUAUCAUACAUCUGCAGAGAGCAGUACCGUUGCUGUAUCGUACGUUGGUGUAGGAGCCGGAGGGGGCGAGCAAAGUCCACCGCUUUCUUUACAUAACGAGACUAGCUCAGCCCCUACGGCUAUCAACACUUCUUCUGGAGACCCGGGAUUGACAGUAUUACAACCACCAGUCUCUCAACCUCAGGUAUCAUCCGCAAUACCACCUUACACGACAAUGCUUCCUAGUUUUGGACACUAUGCAACUGGUACUGGUGACUACGCGUAUAGUGCGGCAUAUUCUCAGUAUUCGGCUGCUCCUUAUAGUAGUUAUGGUUAUGGAACUGCGACAAGCGGGUUACUCAAUUCAUCUUACUAUUACUGCGGCGGGGAUACGCUGGCGUCUUCCCACAAUAAUACACAGCAGGGUGGUUGUAACAAUGCAGGAUCAGAGAACAACGCGGAUGUAGCUAGUCGUUCACCCCUUGCUGCAACAAGAGCUAGUAGUGGCGCUAGUGCUGCAUCACCUACAGGAAGCGCUUGCACGAAGCCAGAUCAUAGUACGACUUCGACCGAUCUAUAUUUAGCUUAAUUAAAGGGAAGUUGUUAUAGGUUAGAACUCCUUAGGUGCAUUGCUAGUAACCCAACAAACUUACCAAAAAAAAAUUGAAGACAAUUAGCAAGCGCCAUAUCAUAAAAAAUUUAUUAAAAUUUCGUAUUGUUUUGUUGUGAGACAAAGUGAUAAAUGCUCAUGUAUUUUGAUAUGGUAGUCUCACAUUAAAAACUAUCACGAGAACGCUCUUCCUUUAUUGCUUCUACAAUCAAGUGCAACAAAAACCGUCAAAUGGAUGCUCUAUCAUAUAUUAGUGAAUCCGUAAGUUUCCUCUUAAUUUUGGAUGUGAUCGUUAGUGCGACAUAACAUAUAUGUAAUAAAUGAAACAUUGCAUUAUCAGAUCACAGUCAACAUUUCCUGUAAAUCAGAGAAACAAAUGGACUUGACAUUGUAUCCUUAAUCAUCAGCAAUAUAUUUAUUUUUAUCAGAGAAAACAGUCACUAUAUUAUAGAAGGUGGAAAUAUUUUGACAUAAAUUUUAUUUAAAUCUAUUAUUUUAUUACGGUAAAAGAAAUUUUAGAUUAUAAAUUACAUGGGAGAAGUAACAUUUUUUUUCGUCAUUGGCACGCUAAAUUAAAAAAUGAGAAAAAAGUAUUACAAAAUAGAAAUUGUAGUCCACAUAAGUUUUAUCUUGACUUAAUUUCUGUAACAAGUUGAAUCAGCAUGAAAAUAUUUUUUAUCGUUCUUAGGAAUGCAUUUCCACUUUUUUUGAUAAAUUCAAAUUAUAUGAAACAGAUUGAAUUUUGAACGUUAUGAAAAUAACAAGAAUAUAAAUAAGGAAACAAAAACUUACUAAUGUAGAUUAAAAGUUUAAAAAUUGUUUUACUAUAACACGACAUUUAAGAAAGAUGGGAAAAAAUUUUGCUGUACUUUAGUAGCAUUAAAAUUUGUCUACGUAUAGUUUACGAUUAUUUUUUAUACAAGUUUUUUAAUCUAAAUUUUCAUGUUGAUACAUCUUUAUUUAAACUCAAUUUCGGUACUAUUCGAGGAUCGAGACACCAAUAUAUUAAGGAUUCACAUCCUAGACACUAAUAGGUAUCUUUAAAACUCUAUUGUGAAUAUAUAUUCAUGCUCUUAUUUAUUUAUUCCUUUUGGUAUGUUUCGAUCUAACGAGUAUUAAUAUAUGAAUAUGCUUUAUAUUUAUACUUAUUUCUCAAUAAUAAUAUUAGGUUUUAGUCAGCUAAGACUAUUUCCAUCUUAAUUUCGCUCUCUUCAACUUUUGACUGAAGUUUAAAAUGCACAGUUCUAAAUAUGUUAAUUUUUUACAUUUAUAGUAUUUUCACUAAUUUUAGAAUCGUCUUCAUAUU